CUUCAGGGUACAUGUCAACUAGGCGGUUCCACAAGAAUUUGCGGCUGAUCAGAGUCAUGUCUACUUGUUACUUCCACUUCCAGGUUUUUUUUUUUACUAACGUUAGUCCUCAUGCAUAAAACUUUUCCUAACUUGGGUUGUUGAAAGAAAAGCAUCAAUAGUAUACACAAUUAUUUGGACUGCAAAAUUUAGACUUCCACUGGAAGUUCCAGGAAGUGCAAAGGCUCCUCUACUAUACCAGCUCAAUUGCCGUGGGCUAGAUUUAUCGCCAUGGAAAUGAGCGCUUCUACCAUCAGUCUCCUUGUCAUAUCCUCCUGUGUCUUCUGGUCGUCGCUGUACGGCCUCUUCUGUUACCUCUGCCCGCAGCGGUCGUACGAGUGGAACUGCCGAGCCGUGACCCUGGUACACGCCGUCACCAUCGUCGUUAUGUCCUACAUCUUUGGAAUUUACUACAACCCGUGGCCUUUCACACAUCCUGGCGGCAAGUCCAGCAUCCACGAGGUCUACACCAUGGUAGUAUGUGUGGGUUACUUCAUCUUUGAUUUCGUCUGGUGCGUCUGGUUCCGAGACCAAGAAUCCAGCGUCAUGUUAGUACACCACCUCAUAACGAUCGUCGGUAUACUCGCUGCCCUGGCGUGGGAGCACUCCGGCACCGAGGUCGGCGCGACCAUCUUUGGGGCGGAGCUAAGCAACCCCCUCCUACAGAUGCGGUGGUUCAUGCGCCAGGCAGGCUGGAAGGGGUCCUUUCUGUACGAAGUCAACGAUUUUCUGUUCCUACUGACUUUCACCGUUUGCCGGAUCGGUUUGGGGUCGUACUUCCUCUACUGUGAGCUGUUACAUCCGCUGCCUCGGAUGUUCUUCAAAGUUGGCGCGGUGGCGCUGUACCUAGUUAGCUGGGUCCUCAUGGUCAAUAUCCUGGUGUUUACGUCCCGCAAGUACACAAAGAUGUACCACGGUUGGACAGGCAAGACUGUGGAUGGGCCACAUGGUCAACCCCUCGUUGAUAGGAAUAGCACGGUGCAUGCAAAGGAGGAUGAACGCGUAAGAAUGAGAAAUGGUUACGCAGCAGUGGAUGGGUAGCAGUUGGCUAACUCGCUUUCGUAUUGUAGUUGGGUCCCUCACAAGUCCAUCUCAAGUCUGUCACAAGUACAUCAUCAGUCCGUUACAAGCGCAUCACAAGACAUUUUGCAAGGACCCUACCCUUCCCAAAUCCAUCAAAAUCCAUUCCCCCUUUUGGGGGAUUUUGGUAGGCAAGCCAAGAUAAGUCCAUCAAAAUCCAGCUAUAGUAGUGGUGGUCUUGUGGUGGAUUUCAGUGGGUUUGGUCCUAAAGCAUUUGUGUGGAGCAGGGUCAGUGAUGGAUUUUGGCAGACUUGGUCCAGUACUUAGUUAAUGACACUUGAGGGAGUUGUAGGGUUAAUGAGGUCACAAGUAGCAAGUGAUGAGCAAUAACAAAGCAAUUAUACCUUUGUCAAAGUUCAUUUGAAUAGCUUGUGACUUGACUUUGGACUGGAGUACUUGUGAUGGCCUUGUGAUGGACUUGUGAUGGA